CUGAGCUCGCACCAAACCCUCUUCCACCUCCGUUAAAACCCUACACCACCCAUCGCCAAGCUACUCACACCAUCGAUCUCACCAUCAUCGCCAUGGCGUCUUCUUACCUCGCAAUCCUAGUGCUGGUGCUACUCUUGCUAGGGUUCUCCGGCAGCGCCGUCGCCGUCGCUUCCAGCUACAUCGUCAGGACCACCGAGCAGCAGAUCAUCGCCACCGUCGCCCCGGCCGCCUUCGCCGACGCCGAUGACGGCGGCCAGAGCGACGCACAGGGGCUCCCUUUCCUCGCGUCCCCCUCCGGGUCGUUCGCCGCGUACCUCCGCCGCGCCGCCGUGGGCGAUGGCGGCGGCAACGGGGACGUGUGCUACGUCGAGGUCGUCCAGCAGCAGGGGGGCGGCGGCGGGACCAGCAGCGUGUGGGAGUCGGACUGCACGCCGGUGGGCGGCACCGAGACCUGCGACCUGGCCUUCUCGCCGGUGGGGCUCGAGCUCUUCGCCGGCGGGCACUCGCUGUGGGACACGGCUGUCGACUCCGACCCCGCGAUGCUCAGCCUCGACGGCGCCGGGGACAUGAGGAUCGUCAGCAGGGACGGCGUCACGGUGUGGAGGACGAGGGACGAGCCGUGGACCGGGUGGAGGUGCGGCGCCUCGGCCUUGCCGGUGUCCUCCCCUUCGACGGCCACCGGCGCGAAGCUCCUGACCCUGCCGGCGGCGACGUCGACUCUCGCCAGCCCCUGGGGCUCGGGCUUCACUUUCGGCGACCAAACCGCGCCACCACUUGACACGUUGCCGGACCAGAUGCUGCCGCCGCCACCGCCAGCUGACGACGACGACGAUUCGGCCGGCUCGCCUGACCUUGUGCUGCCACCCCCGCCGCCGCCGCCGUCUGACCCGUCAACGGACUGGCCGGACCUGCAGCUGCCUCCACCGCCGGCGGACAUGUACCCGAUCCCCGAGUCGCCGGAACUGCCUCUGUACUCGUCGCCACCGCCGGCAGACAUGCACCCGAUCCCCGAGACGCCAGAACAGCCUCUGUACUCGUCGCCACCGCCGUCGGACACGCACCCGAUCCCCGAGACGCCGGAACGGCCUCUGUACUCGUCGCCACCGCCGUCGGACACGCACCCGAUUCCCGAGACGCCGGAACAGCCUCUGUACUCGUCGCCACCGCCGGCGGACACGCACCCGAUCCCCGAGUCUCCUGAGCAGCCUCUGCACUCGUCGCCACCUCCAGCUCCCCCGACCCCCUCUGACCCGCCCCAGACGCCACUGCCACCCGUCGACACGCCCCCACUCGUGCCAUCUCCCGGCGCGGGCAUCGCCACGCCACCGGCUUCAUCGGGCGAAGACAACGUGCCACUCUCGCCACCGCCUCACGGCACGCCGCACCCGCACCACCUUCCUGUAGGAGCCUCACCGCCGACGGUGCCGGGCGCGGUGGCGCCGAUCAGCGGCGGCCAUGGCCCGCUCCCGCUCGGGCAGGGGCAGCAUGGGCAAGGGCAGCAUGGGCAAGGGCAGGGCGUGUUCGGGCAGCAGCAGAACCAGCUGCUGAACGGCGGGGGGCAGCCGCUGGAGGACAGCGCCGGCGGGUGGUCAGGCAGGGAGCGCGGCGUGAGCCUGGCUUGGGUCGCCCUGGUGGCUCUGGCUAUCGCGUUUUAGUGUUUCACAUCGUCCUCGUUCUCAAGUUUGGGGCACAUCACUUGUGUAGUUUUGUUUUCUGGGUUGGGUUCGUUCUGGGGCUAAGACAUGUUUGUUGCUAAAUUAGUUAGGGAGUUGUGAUUGUGUUGAUGUGUUGCAUGUAUCGGCAGUAUGUUCAGGUGUUUCCUAUUUUUUACUUUUAGCAGAUUUUCUUUAUCUAUCCUUAA